CAGGUCUGUAAGUUUACAGGUGAGCACAUGGUCCCAACACAAAAACUAUCGUUCGGGAUUUUCGCACUUGCUUUGCCAGUUGUCCUGAUAGGCAUCGUGACUGCCAAAAACUCAGCAGCUGAAGCGGAAGAUAAAGAAGUACUCCAGGCUCCGGAUGAUGCGCCUAUUAGUUUUCUCCCAGUAUGCAAACCGAAGCAAUUCCACCUCUUCUCUCGACAACAUAUAAGGUGCGCGUGUGGACUGAAGUGCAGAUUCGCUUGUGCCGUAAAUGCAGAUAAAAAGAGAAUAUGCAGACGAGUAUGUAUGCAGAAGCCGUGCUUUCGGCCCGCCGUGAGUCGCGUUUACGAUUAUCGCCUGGUGGGCGGCUUGUGUCAGAGAUGGAGAAUGUGCCAAUACCGAGCAAAAUGUGCAGGCCGAACCCGCCGCUGGAUCCAGUAUCAUCCAAUUGGUUGCCAGAAUGUCAACCCCUACGAACGACUGGCCAAUUAUUUCUUCAGUAGUUAUCUGAGUCAAGUAGAAGACGGAACUCAUUAAACUGUCUGCUUACUAACAAAAUAGCCGACUUCCAACUGCAUUGAGUCACGCUCCAAAAAGAUGAGGAGUGAUCUAUCUGACCCGUAAAUUCUGGUGCGUGAAAUCCCUAUAAAUCCA